AUGCCCGAGGACGAUGACCAAAACCCUGCUUUGAGCGAGAGGGUGACCGCAAGUAAGUCCACUCAAAGCAAUAGUCCUGACAAGGCUGUUGGCAGAGAACCUUCCACGACAUCACCACCACAUCCUCCAACUCCUCAGGCUUCAGCAUCACCAGCUCCAGCGCCAAUCCCUACACUGCCCGAAAAUCAGCCAUCCACUGCAUCAGCACUCACUCCCGCCAGUACUCCCGCACCAGUGCCAAUGCCCGUGCCAGCUCCUGCACCUCUCCAACAUUCAGAAUGUGUCACACGCUCAUCUUGGAUCAAGCAAGCUGCCAAGAAACAGCAGGCACAAGAACAGGUGAUGAAGACACACAACAAGGUGAUCAAGGAAGCAUGCACACUGUGGAGACAAAUGAAGGUACAGGUGAGGACAGCUCCAGAACCUAUACCAGAGGACGCCACGGUCUCAACGAUACCUGAAGGUGACGUCGCGCAAGUCGCCUAUAUGGCAGCAUUUGGCACGGACAUGCCAAUGAAUUUCCGUGAGGCGACGAAGUGCUUGGAGGCCGAUAACUGGUGGACAGCAAUGCACGAAGAGAUCAACAUGCUGCAGAGGCGUGGUACAUGGGUACUCGAGGACUUGCCACCUGGCCGGAAAGCCAUCGGCAACCGCUGGACACACGUUAUCAAGUGUGGCCCACAAGGCGAGAUCCUACGAUACAAAGCCCGACUUGUUGCACAGGGAUUUUCACAGAUUCCCGGCAUAGACUUCAAUGACACAUUUUCCCCCACUGUUCAACUCAAAUCUCUUCGGGCAAUCUUACAUCUCACUGCCACACAUGGAUGGCAUCGUGGACAGGACGAUGUGACUGGCACGUUCUUGCACAGCAAGGUUGAUGUUAUCAUUUAUAUGCAGCAGCCUGUCGGAUUUGAUGAUGGUACUGGAUGUGUUUGUCACUUACUGCUCAGAUUGUAUGGUCUUAGACAGUCAUCCCACCUCUGGAACGAGUACAUGGAUGGCCAACUGUCAACAAUCUCAUUCCAUCGAUUGAUCUGCAAUAGUGCCAUCUAUGUUCAUCGUACAGAAACCGGUGCGAAUUCCAUCCUGGCGAUCCAUGUUGACAAUACCCUCAGCUUCUCAGACUCAGCAGAGGAGCUCGCUUCUGUCCGAAAACAGCUUCACAGUAUCUUUGAGAUGAAGGAGGAGGAUCCCAACUGGUUGAUGGGUUUCGAACUCAUUGACAAUCCCCAGGAACGUACUGUCUCCAUCUCGCACCACCAUCUGCACCUCUCAGUUCACGAUGCGCUGUCGACACCGGAGGAGAUCGCGGAGAUGAAGAAAUGGCUGUAUCGCGAACUUGUUGGUGCCCUGACCUGGAUCUCAGUCAUCUCGCAGCCUGAUGUAGUGUUUGUUAGCACGCACCUUGCGCAGUUCAACGCCAAUCCCGGCAAGAGGCAUUGGGAAGCCGCGAAAUGA